AUGCCGUCACCAGCACUAUCCCACCACUCCAUGCAUGCCAUCGCUACACCUCAACCAACGCUCAUGUUCGCCAUCGCGAGCGAUAAUCCUGAGGAGGUCAGGAGAGUCUUGGAGUCUGGAGAAGUGGGACCCAAUGAUGAAGUUGGUCCACAGAGCGCGUUAGCGUUCGCUGUAGGGAAUGAUAAGCUGAAACAUAGAGUAGAUAUCGUCAAGAUUUUGCUCGCCCAUGGAGCCGACCCUAAAGGAUUGACUCUGCCCAUCGGGUCCACGGGGUCCUCUAGGAGGAGUAGUGCCGCUGUCGGCGGUACACCCUCAGCAGAGAAUUUGUCUUCGUCAUCCUCGGUCUUAGCAGACGUGCUGGAAAGUAUGGAUCCGGCAACAAGGUACUAUGUUACAAGAGCAGACGCAGCGCAUACGAGGAAAACAUCGGCCUUGAUUCAUCGCUCAUUCUUCCGGCCACUGACGAAAGUGAGGUUCGACAUCGUAGGGCAGGAUAGGGCAUUUGAACAGCUUUUCAUGGUCCUUAAUGCGCAUUCGAGGAUGUUGUCUGUCGCACCGAUCGUUGUUCUGCUUUGUGGACCUAGUGGACACGGAAAGAGUCUGUUGGCGAGGAAGUUCGGGAAUCUACUGGAUGUGCCGACGCACACGGUCAAUAUGACAACGUUGAGGUCGACACAUGAUAUCUGGCAGUCGUAUUCUAUGAGCCCUUACGAGGAGCCCUCGUCAUAUACGCUUACGCAGUUCCUGCUCGAGAAUGAAGGGAAGCGAUGCGUGGUCGUGCUUGACGAGAUCGAGAAGACCGAAGACCCAAAAGCCCUGUAUUCACUGCUUAUGCCAUGGGAGAUCGGUCGCUGCUCUCCUCAAGCCGGGGAUCGUCACAUAGAUGUCCGCAAGGUAAUCUGGAUCGGUACCUCUAAUAUCGGCCAUGACACCGUCUUUCAGUACCAAUCCAGCCUUUCGUCAUCUAACACCUCAACCACUAUGUCUCGCAAAGACUACAUCCGCCUCGCAGAUAUGCUCCGUCCAAAAGUAUCCGACCGACUCGGUGCAUCACUCCUUUCCCGCGUCACCUCGGUUCUUCCCUUCAUUCCGUUCAGCCAAGAAGAAAAGAUGGCCAUCGCGACUGAGGCGAUGUAUAGUGUUGGUGGAGAUGUAGUGGCGAAGAUGGCGGUUGAGAAGCUGGAGAAGCUGGCGAGGAAGGUCGUGAAGGGUUGGUUCGUCGAGGAGGAAGGCGCGAGAAGUUUGUAUAGGGGUGUCUCGGAAGUAUUGUUGGAUCUCGACGAGGAUGAAGAUGUGGAAGAGGACUAA